UUGCGUUUUUUAAAAAAGAAGCUUACCAUCGUAAAAUGUUGAUAAUAAUUCAAUGUCGUUACGUUUGCCUCGCACGCUUUUAAGCGUGACUGCCAAGUUAGACAUCAUUGUCAAGCUGAGAAUCGGAAUCCAAACAUUUCCCUACCGACCUUCAGGGUGUUGAGUGACUAACAGAUUUCUUUUCUUAAUCUUUUCUGUUGCCGUUGUUGUCGAACGCACACGGCUGACGUGUCUAACUAAUUUUUAAUUUCGAUGUCAGCAGUGAAGCUUAAGAAAAUUGCCUUAUUUGUUUCAAAACAAACGAGAGAAAAUAAUAAAGAAAACUCGGCCAUUAAAUCCAACGUUGAAAGGGACGUAGUUGAUGGGCCCAUGUGGCAUUUUUUAUGGCAGCUCACUGAUUUUGUUUGAAUAAUAGCCCGGCAUAUUAUCAAACGACAGGAAAUGAAACCUUGAAUAGAGUACGACUUUUUGUUUAGAUGCAAUCUUAGGAACCGGGAGAACAAAACGGUUAAAAAUAAACAAGUUUUGUUGUUAUACCAACAUCGCUUUACAUCAUCAUAAACAAGAUGUAUGUCAAAAGCUUCCCGUUUGGUUAACAAACGUUGUUUAAACUUAAGAAAAACAAACUGUACGUCACGGUGGUCGACUGACGGAGCCCAACGUAUUGGAAAAAAAUUUGUACCAGUAAUUGGGUGCCUAAGAGUCAUGAGAUUCUCUGUCUAUGGUGCCCGUUGAUGGGCACCCAAGAAACCUGCUUUCUCUGUGGGUAUAACAGCGAGCGGUUUUAUUUUCAGCUUGUUUUCCUCCCUCUAAUACUGUGUCUCGCACUCGCCCCGGCCAGGCGUUGAUACCGUAAUGGUCUCGCUCGAGUUCACGCGUCUCCGUCAAGGCGACGGACGAGUAGGUUCAUUUGUACUACGUUUUGACACCACCAUAUAGACUUCCAUCUGUGUUUGGAAAAGGCUUCAUCCGUUGCUGUUGUAUCCAUUCCAUCACCAAUGCCCAGUUCCUACACGCGCCAACAACUUGUCCUAGGGCCAGCACUAAAUGUAACGGUUCGCGAAGGCGAUAAAGCUUUGAUGCCCUGCAUUGCACCACAUUUAGGGGAUAAAACAGUCUCGUGGAUAAGACAGAAAGAUUUAGCUAUUCUAACUUCCGGCCAUCAUGUAUACACAAGCGAUAGAAGAGUGGAAUCCAUCCAUCCAUCAUCAUCGGACCUGUGGGGAUUGCAGAUUUCGCCUGUACGAUCUUCUGAUGAAGGCCUAUACCAAUGCCAAGUAAAUACGGAACCAAAACAAAGCCGCACUGUUGUACUUGUAGUUUUGGAACAAGAUUUGAAAGAUUCUCCCAUCGUAUCUGCACUACCUACCGUUUCGACGAAUGCAAGUGCAGGACGAAUGCCAAAAUUAGCUUUCAAGAUUGUUGGUGGAAAUCAUGAGCGAACUAACGUCGAGGGCAGCAGUCUAGCUUUAAUAUGUUCGGUCAUCCUGCAAGAGGAUGGGCUAUAUGGAAAGAAUAUUGAAUUGGCCUGGUGGCGUGGAAACGUUAAACUCGAUUCAAAGAACUCUGGUGCACGAGUCAGCAGCAGCCAAGUUGUGAGCACUGAUGACGUCACAGCAGAACUCAAAAUUCAUUUCAUACAACCCUCAGAUGCAGGAAUUUAUAACUGCAAAGCUGAAAUCAAAUACUUCCAAGAACAGAUGUUAAAUGCAGAUGCUACAAAACAGUUACCUGUGAAAUUGAACGUCAUUAGAAAACAUGUAGAAAAUGCUGCAGUGUUUUGUAUACCAUUGCCUGUUUUCUUAAUAUUGCUUGUAUGCUGCAUUAUUAUGUUUUUAUGAAUAAAUGCUAUAUUUCCAUUA